GCGCUGGGCUGGGCGGUGCAGCUGGCAGCGGGCUCGCGGCCUGGCGGCUCCGACUCCCCCCCCCCCCCCCCCUUUCCCCUCCUCCUCCUCCUCCUCCGCCCUGAGGGAGCCGCCGGGACCCCCCCCCCUCCAGCCCACGGCAACGGCUCGGGGCCGGCCCCGGCACCCCGCGGAGCCUCCCCCCCGAGAAGAGGGGAGGGGGGGGGGGGACACACGCGAGGUUGAAAGGGAGCGAGGAGCCCCCCCGGGCCGGGACAGCUGAGGGGGGGGCGCGACAUGGCGGAGGCCAAGGAGGAGGGGCCCGGUCCCUGCGCCAGGUUUGAAGAUAAAUCUGAUGCGGUAUUUGAUAUUACAGAAAAAUGUGGUGAAAUCCUGGAUGCAGAAAUGUCUGAGGACACUGACCACAACUUAACAACUGCCCUUGACAGCGUAUCGUAUGGAAUACAGAAUCGAACAGGAUCUGAAAACUCACUGCUGGAUGAUGAUGAUGAUGAUGAUUAUUUUCUGAACUCGGGGGAUCUGGCAGGCAUACCUGUUGUUGGGAGUGACAACGAAGAUGAUCAAAACUUCACUCCAAAAGACACGCUCCCUUCCACAAUUCAUGCUGAAGACCAUCUAGAAGAGGGCAAGAGGGUUACAGACCAUGAGCUGGACAGUGAAAAAGAUAUUCAGAUUCAAAAUGCAAUCCAAAAGGAUCUCACUUCACCAUUCGAGCAGGGCCCUGUAUUUAAAUCAGUUCGAAAAGAUUUUAGCAUAACGAGAGAUAAUGGCAAAGAGACUUUUUCAACAAAGGACAAGAAUAGAGAAGGACAUUUUCAAGAACGUGAAAAACGGUUGGAAAAAAUCCCUAAAGAUAUGGAUUCUAGAUUGAAAAGCAGUUUUCUUGACAAAGCAGUUCAUAAUCAAGUAGAAGAAACAUUACGGACGCAGUUAGCGCCACAAACUCCAGAAACUAACUUCAGGGAGUACGGCCAACAGCCAAAAACUCAGGAAGGGGAGCUGAAAAUCAGUGCUGUAUUUUCAGUCAGUGGCAGUCCUCUUGCUCCACAGCUGUCAUCAGGUUUCCAGCCUGCUGUGGCAUCCUCUGGCAUGAGUAAAAUGCUUCCUUCAGUUCCAGCCACAGCUGUUCGGGUUUCCUGUUCUGGCUGUAAAAAAAUCCUGCAGAAGGGGCAAACAGCAUACCAGAGGAAAGGCUCUACCCAGCUCUUCUGCUCCACACUGUGCCUCACUGGAUACACUGUUCCAGCUUCUCGCCCACCAGCUUCUACCAAGAAAACCUGCUCAAGCUGCUCAAAAGACAUUCUAAAUCCAAAGGAUGUGAUCACUGCCCAGUUUGACAGUACAAAUUCCAGUAAGGAUUUCUGCAGCCAGUCGUGUCUUUCUACAUAUGAACUGAAAAGGAAACCUGUUGUUACUAUUCACACUAACAGCAUUUCAACCAAGUGCAGCAUGUGCCAGAAGAAUGCAGUGAUUAGACAUGAAGUGAAUUACCAGAAUGUCGUACACAAGCUCUGCAGUGAUGCCUGCUUCUCCAAGUUCCGCUCGGCUAAUAACUUGACCAUGAACUGUUGCGAGAAUUGUGGAGGCUACUGCUACAGUGGGUCUGGCCAAUGUCACAUGCUUCAAAUAGAGGGACAGUCAAAAAAGUUCUGCAGCUCAACGUGUGUGACAGCGUAUAAGCAGAAGUCGGCUAAAAUUACACCUUGCACACUGUGUAAAUCCUUGAGAUCUUCGGCCGAGAUGAUAGAGAGCACAAAUAACUUAGGAAAAACUGAACUGUUUUGCUCUGUUAACUGCUUGUCAGCAUACAGAGUAAAAAUGGUUACUUCUGCAGGUGUUCAAGUUCAGUGCAACAGCUGUAAAACUUCAGCAAACCCUCAGUAUCACUUGGCUAUGUCAGAUGGGAGCAUACGCAAUUUUUGCAGCUACAGUUGUGUAGUAGCUUUUCAGAAUUUGUUCAACAAGCCUGCAGGAAUGAACUCCUCAGUCGUACCCCUAUCGCAAGGUCAAGUCAUUGUAAGCAUUCCGUCGGGGGCAACAGUAUCAGCAGGUGGCACCACCUCGACUGUGUCUCCCAGCUCAGUGAGCAGUUCAGCUGCAGCCGGUCUACAGAGGCUGGCUGCCCAGUCCCAGCAAGUCACUUUUGCCCGCACUGUUGUAAAACUCAGGUGUCAGCACUGUAACAGAUUGUUUGCAACCAAACCAGAACUGCUUGACUACAAGGGUAAAAUGUUUCAGUUUUGUGGGAAGACCUGCUGUGAUGAAUAUAAGAAGAGGAGCAGUGUAAUAGCAUUGUGUGAAUACUGCAGAAUUGAGAAGAUUAUCAAGGAGACAGUGCGAUUCUCAGGCAUAGAUAAGACAUUCUGUAGUGAAGGUUGUAAACUGCUCUAUAAACAUGACUUGGCGAAACGCUGGGGAAACCACUGUAAAAUGUGCAGUUACUGUUUACAGACUUCCCCCAAACUGGUCCAGAAUCACUUUGGGGGGAAAAUGGAAGACUUUUGCUCAGAGGAGUGCAUGUCUAAAUUCACAGUUUUGUUUUACCAGAUGGCAAAGUGUGAUGGUUGUAAGAGGCAAGGUAAACUCAGUGAGUCCAUGAAAUGGCAAGGGGAGAUCAAGCAUUUUUGCAAUCUGCUUUGUAUUCUGAUGUUCUGUAAUCAGCAAAAUGCUUCUGACCCUCCACCCCCAAACAACACAGCAAACCUUUCUAUGGCACCAGCUUCCUCAUCAGGCCCACCUUCUUUGAGAAAGGACUCAACCCCUGUCAUAGCAAAUGUGGUGUCCCUUGCAAGCACCCCUGCUGCCCAGCCUACGGUUAACUCCAACAAUGUUUUACAGGGUGCAGUCCCUACUGUGACAGCAAAAAUAAUAGGAGAUGCUAGUACUCAGACAGAUGCCCUAAAACUACCAUCAUCACAACCACCUAGGCUUCUAAAAAACAAAGCAUUGUUGUGCAAGCCAAUUACACAGACUAAGGCCACCUCGUGCAAACCUCAUACACAAAACAAAGAAUGCCAGACAGAAGAAGAAGAAGAAGUUCAACCCCAAAUCAUUGUGGUACCUGUUCCUGUACCAGUGUUUGUGCCAGUACCCCUUCACCUCUACACUCAGUACACACCAGUUCCGCUUGGGAUGCCAGUACCUGUACCAGUUCCAAUGCUUUUCCCAACUACCCUGGAUAAUGCUGAUAAGAUCAUUGAAACUAUUCAGGAUAUCAAGGAAAAGAUUCCCACAAAUCCAUUUGAAGCUGAUCUCCUUCAGAUGGCAGAAAUGAUUGCAGAAGAUGAGGAGAAAGAAAAAACACACUCUCAUGGUGGAUCUCAAACGUCUGAGCAUGAGCUCUUCUUGGACCCCAAGAUAUUUGAGAAAGACCAAGGUAGCACUUACAGUGGAGAUCUAGAAUCAGAAGCAGUGUCCACUCCACACAGCUGGGAGGAUGAGUUAAAUCACUAUGCCUUACGAUCGAAUGCCCUGCCGGAACCAGAUCCAGAAGUGAAGCAGUUCUCCAAAGGUGAUGUGGAACAGGACCUGGAGGCAGAUUUUCCAUCAGACUCAUUUGACCCUCUCAGUAAAGGACUGGGUUUGCAGUCACGUUCACGAGCAAGACGGAGACAUAGAGAUGGCUUCCCACAGCCAAAAAGACGGGGACGGAAGAAGUCUGUAGUUUCUGUAGAGCCCCGCAACCUGAUGCAGGGCUCCUACCCAGGUUGCUCUGUUUCUGGGAUGACCCUAAAGUAUAUGUAUGGGGUAAAUGCCUGGAAGAACUGGGUCCAAUGGAAAAAUGCACAGGAGGAACAAGGGGACCUGAAGUUUUCAGGAGUCGAAUAUGCUGCUCUCAACUCAUAUCCAGAACUACUAGGAAAUACUCAAGAUCUUUUUCUCACUCAGGAUUCACCUGAGUCCAGCUAUAAAGUUCGUCCUGUGAAAGUCAAGGAGGACAUUCUCUCAUGCACUUUUGCUGAACUGAGUUUUGGCUUGUGCCAGUUUAUUCAAGAGGUGCGGAGACCAAAUGGAGAAAAAUACGAUCCUGACAGUAUCUUAUACCUGUGCCUUGGAAUUCAGCAGUACCUGUUUGAGAAUGGUAGAAUAGAUAACAUUUUUACCGAGCCCUAUUCCAGGUUUAUGAUUGAACUUACAAAACUUUUGAAAAUCUGGGAACCUACAAUUCUUCCAAAUGGUUAUAUGUUCUCAAGAAUUGAAGAAGAACACCUAUGGGAAUGUAAACAGCUGGGUGCAUAUUCCCCUAUAGUUUUACUGAACACACUUCUAUUCUUCAACACCAAAUACUUCCAACUAAAGAAUGUCAGUGAGCACCUGAAACUGUCCUUUGCCCAUGUUAUGAGGCGCACCCGGACUCUGAAGUAUAAUACUAAGAUGACAUAUUUACGUUUUUUCCCACCCUUUCAAAAACAAGAGGUAGAAUCAGAUAAAUUAUCUGUAGGCAAAAGGAAACGCAGUGAAGAUGAGGAGGUUUCAACAGCAGUGGAAAUGGCUGAAAAUACAGAUAAUCCCCUGCGGUGUCCAGUCCGACUUUAUGAAUUUUACUUGUCAAAAUGUUCUGAAAGUGUGAAGCAGAGAAGUGAUGUAUUUUACCUUCAACCUGAGCGCUCCUGUGUACCUAAUAGCCCCAUGUGGUAUUCCACAUUGCCAAUAGACCCAGGAACUUUGGACAUCAUGUUAACACGUAUUCUUAUGGUGAGGGAGGUACAUGAAGAACUUGCCAAAGUCAAAUCAGAGGACUCUGAUAUUGAGUUAUCAGACUAACUGAAGUGGGGUAUUUUCCUUUGAAUACACAUCAGAAGCACCAAACUGUGAAUACGUCCAGCCUUUGGAAAAAUGUGUAUUAAAUAAGCCAAGAUAAUGUCACCUACAGGCAUAUUUUGAACCACAGCGGAUGUACAAACUGGAACUGGAAGGAGGCAAGCUAUGUAGGCUGCAAGAAACAACGUCCUGUGGCAGGCAGCGAUAAAUCCUCUGAACAAAUUCAAGAUGAACUAACCUAUUUGAGUGGUGCAUAAAUCCUUCAUCUGUUUAGGGUUUUAAAAAAUUGUGAGAUAUUUUUAAGGAAAAUGGUUGUGUAAAAUCUACCACGACGAUAUCGGGCAUGGAGAGCUAGACCGUGGCUCUCGUGACCUCGCAGCCUGCUGGCUGGCAGUCCUUGCUGCCAAAGAACACGUGGAGAUCUGAGAGCUCUUCACGAGGACAGGAGAGCGGUGGUAUUUAGACAGACAGACACCUUCCGUUAUAAAUACACGUACACAUAUGCUUUUAUAAUAUUUUUUAAAACUGGGAUCAAAUGUUAGCAAGGCAGAAGCCGCUGGCGUAUCUGCCAGGGAAGCUGUCUAAACGUACAACUGUCUGGCUGCUGUUCAAUGGUCACACAAUGCCAGAGUCUAGCUCUCAGUCCAGGCUAAUAGCUAACUCUACCUGUUUGGUCUUCAAUGUGGAAGAGGUGCUGUAGGUCAAACUUCAGAGUGAUCAUGUUACGGGACGAACAUUUUUGGGUUAUGUACAGGAAAGUGACUGUCCUGGGGUAUGUGCAGAAAAUCCCUUUACUAGCCCAGUAGCUCUGCAGUCUGUUGAUUAUAAUCUAGCAAAUACUGUGGUGCGCGGAAAUUUUUUUUCCCUUACGGCAGCUUUCCUUUCUCCUCUUUCCCCUACUCCUAUGUUUUUGGUUAUUUUGUAAGGCAAAUCUGGAGGGCCUUGUCAUUUCAAAUGAAAGUUACAUGCACUCUUUCUCUUUCCACCUUUGCAACACGUGCAGUGUUGUACAAAGGAUGCAGUAUUACUUCUGACAGCAGAACUGUGGUAGAAAAUUACCAUGUGUGUCUUUUUCCCACCCCACCCAAAGAGAUUUAGUCAUAGUGUUGGAAAGCAAAAGAGACUUUUUUGAGGCUCGGCUGUUACUGCAUCUUUUUGAAGAGAAAAGCUCCCACGUUGUGUUUAGAGGACAGGACGUUAUCAGAUACUGUCUGUACCUCCAUUUUCUCAAGCUAUAGAUGUGUGUUUCUGAUGACGAGUUACCACAAAUUCCUUGGAAACCCAAACUAUUUUUAAAGAAGAGAAUUGUAUGGGUUUUAUCUAGUUCUGGUCAGUUAUCCAUCUUCUGUAACAGGGGUCUGAUAUUUGAUCUUGUCACUAAAAUUUCAAGAGAUGAAAAUCAACAGCCUUGAAUUAUAUUUCCUUUUUUUGUUUUGUUUUGUUUUUUUUUUUUUUAAUUAUUUUUUUAGCAGUAACAAAAGUAAUUUAACAAAAAUAAAAUCAGAAAGUAGUCUAUUGACGUUGUGUACUCGGUAGUCCUGUCCCUGCCUGUAACAGAUUUCACUGAUGUAUUUUUUAAUACAGAAAACUAUGUGAAAAGUAAACCUGCCCCUGAUUCUGUCUGAUCAAAGCCCAUCUGUGUCUGUCUUUUCUGAUCAAAGAUGCUGCUUUCUCCAUGUCCUGGCUUGGCACUCCCGGGGGGAAGAUAUUUUGGCUGUAAUAUGUACCCUUCAGUAACCUACCGUGGCAGCACUUGGAGGUUCAGUGGUGAUCCUGUAGGUUAAUUUCAUGUUCUGUGAACACUAACCUGUCCCUCCCCAUAGUUAUAUUAAAAUAGUUUAAUAGCAGGCACAGUAUUUUGUAUUGGAAUGGUUCAUAGAAUGUUUCAGGGGAAAAAACAUCAUUCUGGAGAGAUCAGUGUAUAGGGGAUUAAAAAAAAAAAAAAGCCUGAGCUGUGUUAGUUGCACACAGGUGUGCCCAGAACCUCAAUAUUAGUAGGAGGCAGGAAGGAUCCAGGAAUUACGGUAUUUUCUGGGCAUCCCACGUACGAGUGCAGCAGCUCAUGUCCGUAUCAGGUUGCCUUUGCCCUUUCCUUUCCUUUCGCUGACAACUCUACCUGGGAAACAAGCAAGGGCAGCAGGCAGGACGGGCCCUGGGAGGGCAGGUUUCAGUUGGGUGGAGCAGAGGCUGCCAACAGAGUAAUAUCACAGCUGAGUUUUCCCUUAAUAGACGGGAAGCAUUCCCAUAGAAUAAAGUAGUAUAUUUGUAUAUUACGAGUAAUGUAUUCAUUUUGCUUCUCUGAAGAUGCUCAUUUUUUGUUGUUUGUGAACACUUUCACAUAUGUUGAUUUUUUCCAGGUACUUGGAACAAAAGAUUUUCGCCCCUCGCAUUCUGUCAGCAAGGAGACUUAAAUCACUUUAAGCUUGACUGGCUGUAAGCAAAGUUGUUAAACAUGGUACUAACUCCUUUUAUUUCAUAGCUCUGAGAUGAGAAGGGGUUCAAUGCAGCAUCUUUUGGUGAUAUAAUUUAACAGAACAAAUAGUUUCAGUUUCCAUUUCUGGAGCCAGACACCUCCCGCACGGGGGCCCUGUGGCAGCGGUGUGAAUUGUCCUGGGUGUGCUGGGGUUAUCUCAGCCUCCUGAGCCAUUCGUAGUCAGUCUGGCUAGAGUUCAUGCUGACUUGCAAGGUCAAUUCAUUAUCUCCAAGGAUUGAAAUAUAUUUGUGGAUUAUAUACACAGUAUUGAAGUUCUGACAAAGUUGUUUAUAAUAAAAAGUAGCUGAAUCACUCUCUAGCCACGCAACACUGUUUGUUACUUGAAAUAUUCUUUUAAGGAGAAAGAUCAUGUGUUAGUCUCAGUGUGGACAGAGAAACAACAAAGAUGAGAGUGAGACAGACAAGUAGAAGGUAAUGCUUCCUGUUGACAGGGUUUCUUCUUUAUCUGCGUGCCUUUCCACUGCUAGAAACACAUUGUUUAACCGUCUCUAAUUCUCAGUGUGCAGAGAUGACAGCACAGCUGUACAGGCUGUCUAGUUGGAGAGUUUGCAAGUGAGAGUGUUACUCGUUACCAAGGAUAUUCCUGUAGAGAAUUGCAGUUCUGGCCACUAAUGCAAGUCUUGGGAUUUUGCAGAGAUUUUUAUUUAAAAUGCUUCCUGGAGUGCAGUGGCUGCCUGUGCAGCGCUGGCAUUUCCCUAGCCGCUUUCAUUCUGAGAGGUGCUCGGUGCAGUGCGUACCUUCCUGGCUUCAGCUGACUACAGAAGGAAUCUGAAGGCACUUUGAAUGUCACAGUUAGGUGCAAAGAGAAGCUAAAUUAUCAUAGGAAUUAUUCUGUCAACCUGAUUAAUGACUGAUCUGAAAGAAAACCCUGAAUUUCUCUGGCAGUAGUCUCCAGCCAAGUGCUGUCCCCUCCGAGACUUGAAAUGAAAGGGCAGCAAAGUCAUUUGUUUCAUGCUUCCUAAGGGUAUGUACAAUGGCGAGGCACCACUGACAAAGUUUUAGUGCUGGGGUUACAGAAGUGCUGCUGAAUGUGCAGUAAAGUCUUUGGGUUUUGGUAACAAUCUCAAUAACUCCUUUCAGUCCCUCGAGCAAUAGUUUUGCUGCUGCCUUCAAAAAGAAAACAACAAAUGCUAUCGGAUAAAGUCUUUGCGGUGCUCUUUUCAACCCCCAGUCACCAUGCUCUCUGUGCAAGUUGGAAUUUCGAGUUUUGCUAAUACCAGCACAACAGGUGUUCCCCCUGCUCUUCUUUGUCUUUCAGCAGCCAUCUAUUUGAAAGAGUUCUAACAGAGCAGAGGCAAAAAUUAAGAUUUGUUCUCUUGUACUAAAUUGCUGCUAAUCUACAGUAUGUCCCAAGUAGAAGGGACAAGAUUUGCAAGAUUUGCCUUACAAGAUUUGAAGAAAUAACAAGUUUUGCAAUCAGCUUAGAUUCCCUGUUUCUGCAAGGAUGUUUACCACCAGUCGCUGUAGAGGCUGCAGCGUUCUGCAGGGCAGUAAUCUGUAAUGCCCAAUUACGAUGAUGGAAAUCUGAGUAUUUCCCUGCUUUUUUUUUUUUCCCUUUCUUUUGCAUAACAAACUACCCAGUUUUGAAGAUGCUGAUUUGUAACCGAGGAUGAGCACCACAAUGUGUAAAAAUCAUGGACCAUGGACAAAAAAGUCUAGAAGUUUUAGAAAAGAGGGAAAUUGUUCAUUUAAUCUGUCUUCUGGCAUGAAGGUAUCCCUUCUGCCUUUGUCCAGGGCCUUCCAUGGCAAGCCCACACCACUUGGCUGAGCUAUAAGACCUUGCCUUUUUAUCUUCAGUUUUCUUCCUCUCUGUUUACACAAAGCAUUCAGUAACUGUUAUGUUGUGCUUUAUGAGGAAACUGGUUUGGACUUGCCAGGAAGACAGAGUAAUAACGGAGCACGCAGUGGAAGAGAAACCACUGAACGGUACUGACGGGUCUGUGCAGUGGAGUGCUGCUGCCCUAUUUACUGCACUGGUUUGCUCAGGUGGGUGGUUGUGUGUGGCAAGAAGCUAAAUUAAAUAAUAUUUAACUGUAUAGGUUUCAUCAUUUUAUAUUCAGAGCUCCUCGAUUAGAUGCUAUUAUGAAAAAUAUGUGAAUUUGGGCACAGAUCAAAGAUGGGACAAACAUAGAGAACCUGAUUUUUAAAGGUGUCUGAGUUUCUGCACCCAGACUGCUAGCUUUUCUGCUGAUUUGUGGCAAAUAGCAAAAUCUGCAACAGCUUUUAAAAUUUUAUCUUAAUUAUCAUCAAUAGAUGCUGCAGCUAUUGAGGUCGUUAGUGCUCAGUUGAUUGCACCAGUGCUAGAUCUGGUCCAGGGAGUACUGCAGAGUUGUGGAACGGUUUUAAAAGUUGUAAAGGCUUUAAGGAGCCCAGACAUCUUGGAUUCUUCUAGUCACAGUACUUAAAUUUCCAUUGGACAAUAACAGUCACUAAGCUAAUGGUUUUUCAGCAAAGAUUUGUUUUUUUAAUAAAGACACAAAAACUGGA